CCAGACAUUAGAGAUAGGGUAGUUUGGUAAAUUCAGUGAACUAGGGUUUUAGAAAUCAAUUACUACGAAUUUAUAAGAAAUCUUCACUCGCCUCCUUCAGUUCUCUGUUUGAAACCCUAAAUAUCGUUGCACCUUCUGGAUUUGUUUUCACCAUCUUCGCCCUCUUGAAGAGCUCCCGAUCCGAACAUCUUCAUCAAAAUGUCUGGAGAAGACGGAGCUGCUCCUGUCCCUGUUGAGACUCCCGCCCCUGUUGUUGCCCCAGGGGAGCCCAUGGACCUUAUGACAGCAUUGCAGCUUGUCCUAAGGAAGGCCUUGGCUCAUAGUGGCCUUGCACGUGGACUCCACGAGGGAGCAAAGGUUAUUGAGAAGCACGCUGCACAGAUUGUUGUGCUAGCUGAGGAUUGUGAUCAACCAGACUAUGUUAAGUUGAUCAAGGGUCUAUGUGCUGACCACAAUGUCAAGUUGAUCUCAGUUCCUAGUGCUAAAACUCUGGGUGAAUGGGUUGGGUUAUGCAAAAUUGAUUCAGAAGGGAAGGCAAGAAAGGUGGUUGGUUGUUCCUGUGUGGUUGUGAAGGAUUUUGGUGAGGAGACAGAGGGUCUUCAUGUUGUUCAGGAGUAUGUGAAGUCUCAUUAAAUUAGUCAAAAUUUGGAGAGGGCUUUUUACCCUUUAGGAAGUUUUGAAUAUUUUUGUGUUUUCAUUAAUGAUAUGCUCGGACACUGAAAGACCCAUUUGUUAUCGAUUUCAGCUGUAUCUUUUAGUAAACAAUAUUUAAUUAUUUACAAAUACUUCUGUUUUUUUUAGUUCA